AUGGGUUCGUCGUCGGAUGAUUCUGAUGAUGUGCGUAUUGGCGAUUCAUUAAGGGAUAGACCAUCAAGGCAACCAACGCUGGUUUCGGCAUGUGAGGAAAGCGCCCAUUAUCCGGUUUUCGAUCCAGAAGACCCGGAGCACAAUCCGACAAUUGAGAGAAACGGGUGUCUACAGGAUGUUGCCAUGCAGUCGGAAUACCCUAAUGCAUCCUUACGCUGGAUGCGAGGCCUUCCUCGAAGAUCACUGCGGCAAGCUCGCUCUGGUAUCCAAGCUCUGAGAACCGGUUUGCGAAUGUCUUGUAGGCGAACCGGCCAAAUCAGCGCUGGACUGUGGUCUCGAUCUGAUUCCGCAGGGAGUUCAAACGACCCACGGUAUCAACAGUUUUCAUCUACAGUAUCGGAGGCAAGCACAGAUACUGACUGGGAAUUUGGCACGAACCUCUAUCGGUGCAAUUACCCAAAGCACGAAAACGAGGUUGGCAAAGACACGAAUGUUGCCUCAUGUACUUGGAACCUCCCCUCGGCUUCAGCGAAAUCCAGCACCGCUGAACGUCCCAUGAUAUUCCCGCUCGAUGUGAGAGCUACCUCGGGCAACGAGUCUCACUGUAGCCCAAAUCCGGUCAUUCCCGGCGAUGGUGAAGAGCUUCUUCACGAUGCAGGCCAAUAUAGGGCAAUACUUCCCGAAUUUUCUGAAACUCUAUGCGCUGACGACGAUAUCCACCCGGGGGAACUUGAAGCGUCCGUGAAGAGUAACCCUGAGAUAGCGGUCCAUCUAGAAGAUGAGGUGAACUUGAUCGCUGAUAAGGAGGGUAUAAACGAAACCUGCGUAGAGGACUAUAUCUCUAUAUCAUCAUUGCUGUUGGAAGCUCUUGGUGACGAGUACUUUCUCGUCGCUAAAGCCCCAGGCGAAGAACCCGACAGUGGCCGUACCCCAAUCAAAGACGAUGAGUUCAAUGGUCAUGAACUCGAGCAUAAUUGGCCAUUUCCGAUGCAGGAAGUUCCAGAGUUGGUUGGGCCCAGGGGACCCCUGGGCUUCAACCCCGAGGCAUAUCGCAGGCACCCCCAUUCCAGCGACGCAAGUGACGAGUAUUCUGUCGACUACACAUUGAUACAGCGGAACUACUUCGCGUGA